AUGGAGGCCCCCGGCGGAAACGCAGAUCGACCGAGGCGGCAUCUCGCCUCGUUCUCCUCUGUUUCAGAGCAAGAGGAAGAAGCCGCGCCUGUCUGGGGGAGCGAGCUCGCGCCCGCCGCAGCCCCUCUGGCCUCGCCCUCCUCUGGUUCUUGUCUGUCUUCCGCGUCUCCUCCUGCCUCCCCGUGUUCCGCCACAGGCGGCCGAGUGCUGCUCUGUGCAGCACUAGUGGUUUGUCUGGGCACUCUGAAUCAGAUCGCAGGAAAAAUCAGAUCCAAGCCGCUCGGGAAAUACGACUACUUUGUCUCUCUCUGCAACGCCGUGCUCUACUCCACGGUCUACAGCCUCACACUCGUGCUCGCCGUCCGGUGGAAGCUAGUGCCGCGAGAGAAUCUUUCUUUCGUCUGGCCUUCGCUGUUCCCUCCGCGCCCGUCUCAUCCUUCUCGUUCUCCCUCUCUUUCGAGUCCGCUUCCGGCUCCGGUGCCCGCCACGUCGCCGCCUUUCUCUCCUCUCGCGGCUGCCUCGUCGUCCUCUGCCUCCGCUGCCCCCUCCGGUUCAUCUCUGUGGAGCUGGUCCUCCCUGGCUUCUCCGCUGCUGCCUCGCCUCGCGCUCGCGGCUCCUUCGCGGCCGUCAGCUGUCCCUUCGCCGCGGGCGACAGCCCCUGAGCUCGGCGCGUGGCGCUUCUUCGUGUUGACCGGCCUAUGCGACGCCUGCGGCAACGUGCUCGGCUUCAUUGCACAGCCCUUCGUUCCAGGGCCUCUCUUUUCGCUCGCGACGCAGGCGAUUGUGCCCUUUUCUUGCCUAUGCUCGCUCGUUCUGCUGCGGCGGCGAUAUUCCCUGCCGCAGCUUGCCGCGCUACUGCUGGUGAUGUUGGGCUUCUUCGUCGCGUGGUAUCCGCUCGUCGCCAGCGAGCCCGCGGGUCUCGCCUCCGUGCCGCGCAUGCGCGCCGCGACCGACGUCGAGCCCUGGAGCGCAGGCCUUCUCUCGCGCCGCAGCCACCAUGCACGCGAAGCUCCGCACGGAGACAGCCAGGAGGACUCAGCUCUCUUUAGCGAGGUUGAGGCCGCGCCGCACGCGAAGAGGCCCGAAGGCAAGCGCGCACGAGCUGUCGGAGGGGAAGAAUCUCGCGCGCCGCAGCACUCAGAGCGCAGAAAACGAGGAGAGGAAGGCGAGGAGACGAGGCGGCAGGAGGGAGCGGAGGGAGACGAGCAGGCGCGGCAUGCGACCCUCAGGCGCAAGAGGGGCGAAGCGCCGCCUUCAAGCGCGAGAGGGGGGGGCGUCAAAGGCGAACCUAGCAUCGGGGAAGAGGAUGAAGCGGAAAAGCAGCAACGGAUGACGAUAUGCCGGGAGGCAGGCCAUGUGUGUCGUUUCCUCUCUCCCUCGUACUUCUCUCUGGUUGAGACGUUCCCCUACGACCCCUCUGUUGUCGUUCCUUCUUUCGACGACGACGACGACGUAGUUCACGGGCUUCCUCCGCCUUCUUGGGCGGGCGCGUCCUCUUCGCCUCGCUCCCCGCGCCCGCCGGCGCAUGCUGCCGAGAGCUCGCCUGGCGUACCUCCGGGCGCGGAGCCCGCAGAUGCCGUCUGGUUUUACAUGCUGCUAGUCGCGUUUUCGAGUUUCCCUACGGCUCUGAGUUUCGCGGUCAAAGAAAAACUUUUGCGCGAGUAUGAGACGGCGCACGCGCGCCGCGACGCAGGCGACGCCGACGCGGAUGUGCGGCUGCCCUCGCACUCGGGCGCGAUGACGCCCGUCGCGGCUGUCGGGUCGGUCUCUGAGAUCUGCGAGGUGGAGGACGAGGAGUCGCUGGACGCCGGCGACGAAGAAGCAAGCGAAAGUGGCUCAUCCACUGCGCCUGGCGCGCUUCGGCUGGUGCUCGGCGCAAGAAGUAUAGCGCGAAUGCGAGACAGAGAAACCGAGGCAACGGCGUUUGGUGGGGCCAAAAUGGUCGCCGCAGGAGGGCGGCAGGAUGGGGGAGCUGCGAGGUUCGCUGCAGAGGCCUUUCAAGACGGAUGUCGGGAGCGGGCUGCGAGUCGGCAUCCCGGGGCGCUCACGCAUAGAGAGGCAGGCGGUGAGGGGCUUUUUGUCCCCACAGAAGAGCUCCGAGACACCUCAUGGGAGCGCGAUGUACUCACAGACACGCACAGCGACCUUGCGGCGGCCCUGUCGGCGGCGAAACGGAUUCCAGGCGGAGACACGUGGCAGCAGGAAGGGACAAGCUGGAGAGAGGACGAGACCCCGAGCCUUUCUUCGAACGUCGGCGGAGAGAGCCCGUGUGUAACUCAGACGCUUCAUGUGCUAGUCAUCUGCGCCCACGGAUCGGUCUUCCAGCUCCUCUGGAUUCUCCUCUCCAUUCCGCUCAGCGUCUUCGUUGGGCAGGCCUACGUCAGCUACGCCGUCGUGAACAUCGUCUUCAAUCUCUCUCUCAUUGGCCUAGUCAGCGCAGCCUCGUCUCUAUUAACCUUCGUCUGCAUGAAGGCGACGCUGCCGCUGUCGAUUAUUCUCUACGCGACGCUGCCCUGGCCUCUCUUCGACCCUCGAGAUGUGCGCGUCACCCGCGAAACCACGUAUGUGCCUGCGUCACGGAUGUGGAGGCAGGCAGCGGGAAGCGGUGUCGCCAAGGAUGGCGAGACCGCGAAAGAUCUUACGAGUCGCAGCGAGCAUACGUAG